CCUCUAUACCACCAUAUGCACAUGCUAGCCUUAAACCAUACCAUUCUCCGAUCACUUAAACUGUUCAAAAACCUUAUAACAAUGAACCACAAAAGCCCCGACCGGCGAAGAUUCAUUCUCCCCUCUUUCUUCUUCAUCUUCUUCCUUUGCGUAUUAGCUUCUAUAAACGAAGUUCGAUUCGACAGCUUAUUGAGAUUAGGUAAAAGUGCUCUUGCCUAUAAUGUUCCAUCUCAGGUCUCUACUAACUCAACUUCCGACGAAGUUCGCAUUUUAAUGGGUAUUUUAACGCUUCCCGACCAAUACCAACGCCGCCAUUUUCUACGGAUGAUAUACGGAACACAGUCUCCAAUAGGUGCAAAGAUUGACAUAAAGUUUGUUUUCUGUAAUCUAACGAAGGAAGAUCAGAAGGUACUGGUUGCACUUGAAAUAAUGCGUUACGAUGACAUUAUUAUUCUCAACUGUACAGAGAAUAUGAACAAAGGUAAAACCUAUACCUACUUUUCAAGCUUGCCUGAGAUGUUAAACGACACUGAUAGGCCUUACCCUCCUUACCAUUAUGUGAUGAAAGGAGACGAUGAUGUUUAUUUUAGGCUAGAGAAGUUAGCAGAGUCUGUAAAGCCAUUGCCGAGGGAAGAUUUGUACUAUGGUUAUGUUAUUCCAUGUUCAAGCAUGGACCCGUUUAAGCACUAUAUGGCUGGAAUGGGAUAUAUGGUUUCUUGGGAUAUUGUAGAGUGGAUUAGGGUUUCUGAAAUUCCAAGAAACCAUCUGGAAGGACCAGAGGAUAAAGUUUUUGGGGAUUGGAUAAGAGAAGGGCAUAAAGCUAAAAAUAGGUUUAAUGGAAAGUGGUCUAUGUAUAAUUAUCCUGAGCCUCCGACAGGAUGUUCACAUGAGUUUUGGCCAGACACAAUUGCAGUUCAUGCAUUGAAGAAUCAAGAAAAGUGGGUUAAAACAUUAAAGUAUUUCAAUGUUACUGAUAAUCUUAAACCUUCUAAAUUAUACCAUAUACCUUAAAUUAAAUAUAUUUAUAUUUACCCAGAUUAAAUUUUACAAUUUAAAUGCUGGGUAAUUGUUUUUGUAAUUUAUAUUCUUUUUCUUUCUCUUUUUUAAUUUCCUGGAAUUGAUGACUUUGAGAGUCAAAAAUGUAAUAGAGGGGGCAUAAUUUGAUGACCCAUGAAUGAAUAUGAUUCUUUCUACAUAACCUGUUAAUUUCUGUGUUUUAAUCU